GUGACGACCCUCCCGUUGUGCGGUGCCUCCGUCUGUGCGCUUCUAGAGACACGGUCCUCACUUCAGUGUUUAUUUGGUUGUCAUGGCGGAGGGACGUGGAGAGCUAUUGCCUCGGCCGCCGCUUCACCUCUCCUUACCCCCAGCCAGCAAGCGUCCGUGCUUGCGUCCCGCUCCUCGAGGACCGGGUCCGGGGCCUGGGCCGGGAUUUCCGAACUCUCGUUUCCGUUGCCCGGAAUCUCUACUGGACUGCGCUGCGAAGGCCGUAGCGGAGAAAUGGGCCUUCGAGAGGGUGGAGGAGCGCUUCGAGCGGAUCCCGGAACCGGUUCAGCGCCGUAUCGUGUAUUGGUCGUUCCCGAGGAACGAAAGGGAAAUAUGUAUGUAUUCGUCGUUUCAGUGCCGAGUGGCGGGGGAAGAGGGCCCGGUAGUGGGCUCGAGCUCGUCCGUUGGAUCUGGUACAGUCCCCGGAGGGGUUACGAAUACAACAGUCAGCGCAGGGACGGGGGUUACCGGAGAUGGACUGCCUUUUCGCCGGGGAAUCCGGCUUUUGGAAACUGGUUGUGUGGACAACGUCUUACAAGUCGGUUUCCACCUCAGCGGCACAGUCACCGAGCCGGCAACACAAUCCGAGCCAGAGACGACGCAUAAGGUGGCCAUCAGCUUCGACCGCUGUAAGAUCACGUCAGUAACAUGCGGCUGUGGCAACCGAGACAUCUUCUAUUGCGCACACGUGGUGGCGCUGUCCUUAUACCGCAUCCGCAAACCCGAGCAAGUCAAACUGCGGCUGCCCAUCUCAGAGACACUCUUCCAGAUGAACAGAGACCAGCUGCAAAAGCUGGUGCAGUACCUUAUCACAGCCCACCACACGGAAGUGCUGCCCACCGCCCAGAAACUGGCAGAUGAAAUCCUGUCCUCCAACUCUGAGAUCAACCAAGUACAUGGGGCCCCGGAUCCCACGGCAGGGGCCAGUAUUGAUGAUGAGAACUGCUGGCACCUGGACGAGGAGCAAGUGAGGGAACAGGUCAAGCAGUUCCUCUCUCAGGGAGGAUACUAUGGCUCGGGCAAGCAGCUCAACUCCAUGUUUGCCAAGGUGAGGGAAAUGCUGAGGAUGCGCGACUCAAACGGGGCUCGGAUGCUCACGCUCAUCACGGAGCAGUUCAUGGCUGACCCGCGCCUAUCUCUAUGGCGACAACAGGGCACGGGCAUGACCGACAAAUGCCGACAACUCUGGGAUGAGCUGGGUGCAUUGUGGGUGUGUAUCGUGCUGAACCCGCACUGUAAAAGUGAAGAGAAGAGCGGCUGGCUGAGACAGCUGAAGAAAUGGGGAGACAUGGACAUCUGCCCUCUAGAGGACGGCAAUUACGGCAGCGAGCUGCCCAACAUCACCAAUGCUCUGCCACAGAGCAACCUGGCUCAGGACUCACUGGCCCGGCCUAGAAGAACGGUGUUCACGAGAGCAAUGGAGGCCUGUGACCUGCAUUGGCAGGACAGUCACUUGCAGAGAAUCAUCAGUAGUGACUUCUACAUGUCCCCGGCUUACCAGAGAGAGGGAGAGAGCCUGCUCUUCAACCCCCAGGGCCUGCCACUGUGGCUGGAUCACGUGCCUACAGCGUGCGCCAGGGUGGAUGCUCUGCGUUCCCAUGGUUACCCCAGAGAAGCCUUGCGACUGGCCGUUGCCAUAAUCAACACCCUCCGGCUCCAACAGCAACGGCAAUUAGACAUAUACAAGCAUCAGAAGAAAGAACUGCUGCAGAGGGGAAUGACCAACACCACCAAUCUGGAGGGCUGGGUAGGCCACCCCCUCGACCCCAUUGGCUGCCUUUUCGCCACUCUCACAGAGACGUGUCGAGUGGAGGAUGACAAUACCAUGGAUACCGGAGAUUCCGGUGAGCCCAAGCCUCCAGUGUACCAUCAUGUACCAGUGUGGGGAUGUCCAGAUGGAGGAGAGUCGUACCUGGCACUGGCCCUAGAGGUGGCGCUGAUGGGUAUGGGGCAGCAGCGGCUAAUGCCCGAGGGCCUGUACGCACAGGACAAGGUGUGCCGGAACGAGGAACAAAUUGUAGCCAAGCUGCAAGAGAUGGAGCUGGAUGACAUAUUAGUGCAGACACUCCGCAAACAAGCCAUCCUCCUUUUAGAAGGUGGUCCCUUCAGUGGUCUGGGGGAGGUCAUCCAAAGAGAGAGUGUUCCCAUGCACACGUUUGCCAAGUACCUCUUCACCGCUCUCCUGCCACACGACACAGACCUGGCGUACAAACUGGGUCUCCGUGCAAUGAGGCUUCCAGUACUGGAGUCCACGGCUCCCUCAGGUGACGGAGGACACCCUCACCAUGGCAUCUCCAUAGUGCCCAGCAGAUAUCCCCGCUGGUUCACACUGGGCCACCUGGAGUCUCAGCAGUGUGAACUGGCCUCCACCAUGCUUACCGCUGCUAAGGGUGAGUGCUACACACCCGGUAGCUCACGACGAGUCACAUGUGACAUGUUGAGAUUGCGGACUGUUUUGGAGGCUAUUCAGAAGCACAUCCACUCCUCUUCCCUCAUCUUCAAACUGGCCCAGGAUGCCUUUAAGAUCGCUACUCCUGCAGAUAACCCUCCUGAUAUCACACUGCUAAAUGUAGCGCUGGAGCUCGGUCUUCAGGUGAUGAGAAUGACUCUGUCCACUCUCAACUGGAGGCGGCGGGAGAUGGUUCGCUGGCUUGUCACAUGUGCUACUGAAGUUGGUCUGAGAGCUUUGGUUAGCAUAUUGCAGAGCUGGUACACACUCUUCACCCCCACCGAAGCCACCAGCAUAGUGGCAGCCACAGUGAUGUCCCACAACACCAUCCUGCGCCUGAGCCUCGACUACCCACAGCGGGAGGAGCUCGCCAGCUGCGCACGCACCCUGGCCCUGCAGUGCGCCAUGAAGGACCCUCAAAACUGCGCCCUGUCCGCCCUCACCCUCUGCGAGAAGGACCACAUCGCCUUCGAGACGGCUUACCAGAUAGUCAUCGACGCCGCCUCCACGGGCAUGACCUACUCUCAGCUCUUCACCAUCGCCCGCUACAUGGAGCACCGCGGCUACCCCCUUCGAGCUUUCAAACUGGCGUCUCUCGCCAUGACCCACUUGAACCUGGCCUACAACCAAGACACGCAUCCGGCCAUCAAUGAUGUGCUAUGGGCUUGUGCUCUCAGCCACUCGCUGGGCAAGAACGAGCUGGCCGCCAUCAUCCCUCUGGUGGUCAAGAGCGUUCACUGCGCCACGGUGCUCUCGGACAUUUUGCGGCGCUGCACCAUGACGGCCCCCGGGCUGGCCGGCAUCCCUGGCAGACGCAACUCGGGCAAGCUUAUGAGCACUGACAAAGCCCCGUUGAGACAGUUACUGGACGCCACCAUCAGCGCCUACAUCAACACCACCCAUUCCCGCCUCACACACAUCAGCCCGCGCCACUACGGAGAGUUCAUAGAGUUCCUUAGUAAGGCACGCGAGACCUUUCUCUUGGCCCAAGAUGGCCACAUUCAGUUCGCCCAGUUUAUAGACAACCUCAAACAGAUCUAUAAGGGCAAGAAGAAACUCAUGAUGUUGGUACGGGAACGUUUCGGUUGAACCUCGCUUGAUUGCAGGGGAAAUGGUUCUUCUUUCAUUCUUCGUUUAUUUAAAGCAUUAUUUUAUUCUUUCUUCCUUUGGUCAUCUUUGGUGAAUGUUUCCGUUUUAUUCGUUUGUUUUGAUCCGUUUUUUUUUUAUUAUUAUUAUUGUGAACAGUUCCUGUUCACCAAGUUAUUCUACCAGGUCGAACCUGUGGAGGGGAGAACAACAACUGUAAUCAUGACCAUUUAUGUUUUUGUUUUGGCUUGUUCUUGAUUUUGUUUGAUCAAGAUUUUGUGAUAAAAAUGUUAAAGUGGCACAUAAAGAGACACCAAAUGAUUAUGUGGUACAUUUUGAGCAUGGGGGAGGCAUUUGGUUGGUUUUGGAAGGGGCUUGAACACACUCGCACACAGUGUUAUUUGUCAUACCUCGAUUGUAAUUUACGGAUCAGCUUUAACUCUCUCUCUCUAGAAAAAGGCCUGAUUUGAAGAGUGAGACGGGCACAUCACCUCAAAUGCUCUGCCGAAUGUCCUAACCACGACUCAAGCAAGCCACAACACAUGAGCCCUCCCCUCUCUCUUGUAUGUGUUACUAUCGGCUCAUCUUAACCUCUGUUCAAAAAUUCAGUGCGAGGAAGACGAUGGCAUAAGAGAAUACCUGUGUGCUCAGUCCUUCCGUACUGUUUCCUGGUCUCGCUGAAUAUGAACAAAACAGAGAUAUUUACCCAUCAAUAUCAGCCAUAUAAUGUGUCUCUGUUACCUCUCAGUGAAAAACAAAAAUGAAAAGACUGGUGUAAGAUUGAGAAGCAGUAAUAAUAUAUAUGUACUAGCACUUCAUUAAAUUCCAUCCCCCUACACGACACAUUGGGAUCAGCAAUGACUCGCUGUGUAUAAAUUAGGUAAAUUUUAUAAAUGCAUUUGACAAAAACGGCUGUAUUGGCAGAGCAAAGAAUUAGCUGGCUUUAAACUGUAUCGUAAUAUCUUCCACAUUCCAUGACCUCCGACCCUCCACAAGUGCCCCAGUGGAUCCGAACACUUAGAAUGCACUCCGCGGCUUCCAUCUGAAGGAAAACGAGAAGAGAGGAAAAGAGAAACAAGAUGCUCAACUCCGUUCUCAGGGAAUCACUUAAAGAAACGAAACCGAAAAAAAAAAAAAAAAAAUAGUAGCAAAAGCAUUUAAGAUAUUGUAAAUAUGAAAGUGUCAAUUAAAAAAAAAAUUGUAAAGUUAUAAUUAUUUAUGAUAACUGUAUGUUUUUCUUUUCGGAUACUUGAAUUUGUCGGGCUGGGAAUGUGACGACCCCUAAGAGGAAAGACUUCAGAAACAUUUCUCAGGUGCUCCUGUGUACAUUUCUGAUUUACGUUUUUUUUGUAAUACAUUUUUGCAAGAGGAAGCAUGUAAAGAAGAAGAAGAGGAGAAGUCAAAUGUUUAUGAACAGACUAUGCAGAACCACUUCACGAUUUGCCCUCUUCACCCCGAUCUUCCUCCAUCUUUUCUCCUCGUUUGGCUCGGGGGUUGGGGGCGCGCUCCCAAAAUUCAACCGUUUGUAUUUUAUAAGUAAUCUGCACGAGCUUCGAGUUUGGAUGGACUUUGCCUUUGAUCUACGUACAACUCUUUACUUUGAAGCCUUAUAGUCUUCUCUGAAAGCACUGCAUGUGUUUCAGGACAUUGUGUUGCCAAUGGAGUGGAGUACAGCACAGAGAAAAACGGACCUACACCUUCAACUGGCCCGAACAAGGAAACGGGGCAUCUGCUGUUCUAUUCUCCUUCGCUUUGACACGGUCCACAUACUUUAGGGUCGUGAUUAUCUUAUAUUGGGGCUUUUUGAGGACAAAGAGGUCUGUUUUGAGGUUGCGACGUACCAUUGCCUAAUCGAGACUUUGAUAGAUGCUUCAUUAAUGGCUAAAUCUUGAGGAGAUUUCUCUAUGUUGUUGGUUAGGGUUGGUCACUUUCAUUUAAAUGGUUUGCUGGUUUCCACUUUUGGUCCGUGGUUUUUUUUUUCUUCUCAAAAUGCAUUCUAGUUGCAUCAACUGUGGCAUACUUGAACCACAAGGUGUUAGUUACAUAAUGCAGCCUUUAUUUCUCACCCGGCUCUUUCAGGGAGCUCUAGAGAAAGCUCACAGAUUAGGGAUUUUUUACUUUGUUUUUUUUUAAGACAUCUGCAGGAUGAUAAUAGUGCUGCCUGUUAAAUUAAAAAUAUAUAAAUAUAAUAAGAAAAAAAGCGAGCAUCUUCUGUAGCUAACUAGUUGGUCCAAUGGCAUUGCAAAAAGAGAAUAACCUCCUCUGGCUUUUGAUUUCUCUCUUCCAUACUCUUUAAGUGUCUGUAUGUGUUAACUGUACCAGUGUUUUGAUCUGUCCUAGAGUUUAGAAGGAAAAAAAAAUAAUAACCGCUGGUAGAGAUUGUUCACUAGUUCAUCUACUGUUUGAUUUUGUUUCGUUUUAAUUUAAGGGAAAGUGUUUGUCGCCUCUUUGUGCUACUGAAUUAUAAAAAGGUAUCCAGUAUUCGUUGCCACAAAAGUAUAGUUCAACAACACUUUCUGUUUGUGCAACCUCUUGAGCUAAUGUCUAUAAACAAAAAUUUAUUACUAUUUAUGUAAUGCUACUACCAUUUUAUAUGAUUUGUGUUGAAUUUCAGUGCUUUUCUAUGAAUAAAGUGUGAAACACAA